UUUCCCUCCUUUCUCUCCUCGUGCCCACUUUCUGUUGGUUCUCAAUAAUACUUCAAAUAUAGCAUCAUUUCCAGUAUAGCACUGGCGCAGCACAGAAGCUGGGGUAGAAAUUCCGUCUCGCUCGCUUGCUGGAAAGGACAGGAUGGAAAAGAAGAGACCAGGUGCUGCUGGAGAGAGCACGAGCACCCCAGCAACUAAAGAAAAACAAAGUGAGAGCAAACGCGCAGUUCUGCCGGGCGGUGGGGAAUGCGGUAGCCAUUCUGCCGGGCGCAGCUCUUUCGCCCGGGAUUCCAUUUCAUUGCAGGACUCGCACUCUGACCCGUUUUGCUGCUGAACUGCAUCGCAAGAGGCACGCCUUGUACACCUUAUUCGAAAUGGCCGCUCCAAUUUCCACGGUCGCGGAGACCAAGGAGCUCCGGGGUCUGAACCUCAUUGCUGCCCAUUCGCAUAUUCGGGGACUUGGGGUCGAUGGGGAUUCCUUGCAGCCUAGAUCCUCUUCGCAGGGACUGGUGGGCCAGGAAAAGGCCCGGAAGGCCGCUGCAGUUAUUCUGCAGAUGGUGAAGGAAGGCAAAAUUGCUGGUCGUGCCGUCUUAAUCGCGGGACCUCCUAGCACCGGUAAAACCGCGAUUGCCAUGGGCAUGGCACAAUCCCUGGGAUCGGAUGUUCCUUUCACGAUGCUCGCCUCAUCCGAAAUCUUUUCCAUGGAGAUGUCGAAGACGGAAGCCCUCACGCAAGCUUUCCGGAAAUCGAUCGGCGUCCGGAUUAAGGAGGAGAGUGAGAUCAUUGAGGGAGAGGUUGUGGAAAUUCAGAUCGAUCGGAGCAUUACGGGAGGCAACAAACAAGGAAAACUCACGAUCAAAACCACCGACAUGGAGACGAUUUACGAUAUGGGCACGAAGAUGAUUGAUUCGAUGACCAAGGAGCGUGUGAUGGCUGGAGACAUCAUUUCUAUCGACAAGUCGUCGGGCAAGAUCACCAAGCUCGGACGCUCCUACGCCCGAUCUCGAGACUACGAUGCCAUGGGUGCCGAUACCAAAUUCGUCCAGUGCCCUGAGGGUGAACUCCAGGUGCGCAAGGAAAUUGUACACACUGUCAGCCUCCACGAGAUUGACGUGAUCAACUCGCGUUCACAAGGGUUCUUGGCUCUCUUUUCAGGAGACACGGGUGAAAUCCGGAGCGAAGUCCGGGAUCAAAUCAACACCAAGGUGGCCGAGUGGAAGGAAGAGGGCAAGGCGGAAAUUAUCCCCGGAGUUUUGUUCAUCGAUGAAGUACACAUGCUUGAUAUUGAAUGCUUCUCCUAUGUCAACCGUGCCUUGGAAGCCGAACUCGCCCCCAUCGUGAUCAUGGCUAGCAACCGCGGUCAUGCUCGAAUUCGGGGAACAACCUACAACUCUCCUCACGGUCUGCCUCUUGAUUUCCUCGACCGUGUGGUCAUCGUCAGUACCCAGCCAUACUCCGCCGAUGAGAUCAGACAAAUCUUGGCUAUCCGAGCCCAGGAGGAAGAGGUUGAUCUGUCCCCAGACGCGCUGGCACUUCUGACCAAAAUCGGACAAGAGUCUAAUCUCCGAUAUGCUAGCCAUAUCGUUACAACAUCCCACCUUCUGAGUCAGAAGCGGAAGGCCAAGGAGGUCAGCAUUGAUGACGUCCAGCGCAGCUACCGGUUGUUCUACGAUCCUGCCAGAAGUGUUAAGUUUGUCAAUGAGUAUGAGCAACGCUUCAUCGGUGAUCAGGGAUCCGUGAACUUUUCCGCCGCAGCGGCAAAUGGGGACGCCAUGGAGAUUUCAUGAAGUGCUCUGCGGGCGGAAGGUUCAGAUUGGGCCUGAUGUUGCAAGCAAGAAUGGAGUAAACAGGACGAUUGAGCGUGUGAAGGAAAAAAACCCCUCAAAAUAGUGAGAUGCUUUUUGUUUCUUUUUUUAUAUUCCCUUAGGUUUCGUUAACAACAUCAAGUGAUGUACGAUAAUGCUGGCGCUUUGCUCAGAACUCAGUUGUACGGGCAUUUAUUAUUUGGGUCUCGAAUUGGAUUGCGUUAAGUUAUAAGUUAUAGCAUUAAAAGGGUGUAUCUACGCUCGAACGAUAAUUGUGAAACGAAUUCCCUCAACCUGUGGCUUGAUGCUAUACACAUUGGUUAUUGAGUUAUGCCUUUCCCCCUUGAAAUUUAUUGAGAGGUAAA